AUGGAUACGCCAGUUCGCAAAUGCAAGUCGUUUUCUGCACGAGAGAAAUUGUAUGCCCUGGAUCAACUAAAGAAGGGCAAACAACAAACUCAGCUUGCUAGAUAUCUAGGAAUUAGCGAGUCCACUCUGCGAGGGUGGAAAAAAGAAGAAGAAAAGCUCCGUAGCCUACCCUGCAUUCUUGAAGAGGAAACUGGUUUACAGCGCAAAAAGGUCAAGUUUGCUAAUGACGAAAGCCUAGAUUCAGCCUUGUAUCAAUGGUUUGUCCAGGCUCACUCAGAAGGAGUUCCUAUUUCUGGCCCUAUUCUGAAAGCUCAAGCAGAGAAAUUUGAUCGCCUUAUCAAUGGAAAUGAAUCCAAAUUUAAGGCGAGUAACAGCUGGCUGGACAGAUUCAAGAAAAGGCACGCGAUAAGCCAAGUUCUUGUGUCUGGGGAAAUCCGCUCAGCUGAUAAAGAGGCUGCUGAUUCCUACCCAAUUGAGCUUAAAAAGUUGCUAAAGGAAGGUUGCUACACAGCCGAUCAAGUUUACAACUGCGACGAGACUGGUUUAUGCUUUAAAAUGUUACCCGAUCGCACCCUCGCAACCAAGACUGACAGUCACAAACGAGAAGGCUUUAAGCAGAGAAAGGACAGAGUCACUCUCUUGUUUUGCGUCAACAAGUCUGGCAGCCACAAACUCAGACCUCUGAUGAUCGGAAAAGCGAGGUCUCCCAGAUGUUUUCAUCAUGUUAAUAUGAAAACCCUUCCCUUUGAAUACACCAACAGCAAGAAUGCAUGGAUGAAUAGCUCCAUAUUUAAAGACUGGUUCCAUAAAACUUUUGUGCCAGCCGUUCGGGCUCAUUUGCGAAAACUGAAGCAGGAGGAAAAAGCUCUCCUCCUGCUGGAUAAUUGCCCUGCCCACCCGCCAGCGGAAAAUCUUGUCAGUCAUGACGGCAAGAUUAAAGUCUCUUAUCUCCCGAAGAACACAUCAUCAGAAAUCCAGCCACUGGACCAAGGCAUCAUAUCGGUAUUUAAACAAAACUAUCGUCGGGAAAUGAUCAAGUGGAUGGUAGCGGGUAACAACUCCUCUGUCCACACAUCACUGGCAUCACUCAACUUGAAAGAAGUCUGUCACCUCGGCGGGAAAGCCUGGGGUGCUAUCUCCGCAUGUUACAUCUGCCCCAUAUAUGAACACAUCUCAGAUGACGAAAUUGUUGCAAAUGUCAGCGGGAAGAAUGAAACUGCACCACCAGAGCCCGAAACCAGUGGCGAUAAUGAUGACGACGACGAUGAUGGCACCUCAACUCCCUCACCAAAAGCGUCUGAGGCAGUAAAGCACCUAGAAGCCAGUUUGAGGUGGCUGGAAACUCAAGACGUAGAGAGCAUCAAAAUCCUCCAACUCAGAAGCAUACUUGACUUUGCUAGAAGCCAACAGUCCGCGGCAAAUAAGCAGACCACACUAGAUAGCUUUUUUAAGAAGCGAUGA